UAUGGCCGCGUUGGAAGUGCAGACGCAGGCGGUGGGGAUGUCCUAGUUGCCUCAAUCUAGCUUGCUCGCAGUCACCGCUAUUUGCUAGGAAUAACGUUAUUGCUGGGCAACUGAGACAAUUAUCAGACCGACGCACUGUAGGACUGGGUUGGGCAUUGUGAACACGCUGGAUAUAGCCUAUAGCUGAAGAAAAGCGAGGAUAUUUGUGUGAAAAAGAGGGGAUGACGUAGCGGCCUGUGUGUGUGUGUGUGUGUGGAGACCGUAGCGGAGUAGAGCAGUCAUGAGUCUCACCUCCUGGUUCCUGGUGAGCAGCGGGGGAACGAAGCAUCGCCUCCCCCGCGAGAUGAUCUUCGUGGGCCGGGACGACUGUGAACUCAUGCUGCAGUCACGGAGUGUGGACAAGCAGCAUGCUGUAAUUAACUACGAGAUGGCCAACGACGAGCACAAAGUCAAGGACUUGGGCAGCCUCAAUGGGACGUUUGUGAAUGAUGUGCGGAUCCAGGAGCAGACUUAUAUUACUCUGAAGAUCGAUGACAAGUUGAGGUUUGGAUAUGAUACCAACCUGUUUACUGUGGAACGAGGGGAACUGCACGUGCCAGAGGAGGCUCUUAAGCAUGAGAAGUUCACCAGUCAGCUCCAGCUGGGUAAGAAGCCUCCCGUGGUAGAACCUCCCAAGGCCCCCAAGACACCCAAACCAGCGAGCACUAAGACCCCGGAGAGAAAGGCGGCAGAGCCCAUCAUGGAGCCCACCGCCAAACCUGCAGAACCGCAGAAGGGGGAGGAGAAGACGGCAGUAGGGGACAUUUCCGCGCUUCACAGAGGAACUCCGCUGUACGGGCAGCCAUCUUGGUGGGGCGACGGUGAUGCCGACGAUGAGAACUCCUUCAAGCAGGAGACCAAGACGUCUGGGAAGAAACAAGAGAAUUGUGGGAUAGAGAGCAGGGAAGGCAAGAAGGGCGAGAAGGAGAGGGCCAAGGAGAAUGGCCUGGCUCCUGUAGGGGCCGACCCCAGCUACUUUGAGAUCCCCAGCAAGGAGGGUGGUGUCAUGGCCGACAGCAGCAUCCAUGAGAUCCCCACCAAAGACACAGAGGGCUCCGCCUCCGCCGCCGCCUCCGCCGCCAACGUCUCCUCUCAAGGCCACGCGUCCUUCACGAUAGAGUUCGACAGCACCUCACCGGGGAAGGUCACCAUCAAAGACCACGUGGCAGCCAAGCUCAACCCGGAGACCCGCAGCCGCGGCACGAAGAAGUCGGGGCAGACGGCGGACGGGAAGGAGCUGAGCACACUUCAGGUGGCCAUGAUGGCGUCCGAAACCAAGGUGGCUGAUUGGCUGGCCCAGAACGACCCACCGCUGGUGCGGCGGGAGUCGACCGAAGAGGACAGCAAGACCAUCAAGAGCGAUGUUCCGGUCCACUUCAGGAGGCUGAAAGGCAGUAAACAUGAGGACGGAACGCAGAGUGACUCGGAGAACGGUCCGGGCCUUCGCUUUGGCAGCCGGAGGCAGGCCCUCGAGGAACGUCUGAGGGCGGUCGCAGCCGCGAGUGGGCGGGGCCCAUCCCCCGCCUCCUCCACCACGAGCCGCACGUCCUUCAUGGUCGAGUUGUACGACGAGGACAACCCACGCAAGCGCCGCUCCUACUCCUUCUCCCAGACUGCACCUCUGUUGGGGGGCGGGGCGUCCACAGGGGAGGGCCUCUGUCCCACUCCACCCCCAGCGCGCCCAAAGGUUGCUACCAUGGCGACGGAGGCAGCGGGGAAAGGGAGCCCGUCGCCCCUGACCUCGGCCCGGGUCCUGCAGAAACAGAGGUCCGAGGAGCCCGGCGCGGCCCGGAGCUCCGUGGGCACGGGGAAGUCCGCUAGUCCCACGGAGGAGACCCACAAACAGGACGGGGACGACCAGAGCGACAAGGGCACCUACACCAUCGAGCUGGAGAACCGCAACCCGGAGGAGGAAGAGGCCAGGCGCAUGAUUGACAAGGUGUUUGGAGUGCAGGGUGGCCAGGAUGGGAGCUGCGGCGAUCAGCAGCAGGGAGAAGGGAAGCCCAGUGAGAGCAAGAAGCCAAGCAGCAAAACCGCCGAGGUUGUCCCUGACGACCAGGUGGCUGUUGGGAGCCCCCACUGGGUGUCACAAUGGGCCAGCCUGACAGCCAAUCACACGCGCACAGACCCCGAAGGUUCCGGAGCGGAACCUUCCACCUUCGUCCAUCAGGAGAGAGAGCCCAAUGCCUUCGACUCCAGCCUCUCCCAGAGAAGUGCCGGCUCCACCCCUUCCAGCCUUACGGAGCGCAAGAGGAGGACUCUGCCCCAGCUGCCCGCGGAGGAGAAGCCCAAGCUGGCUGCCCUGGGCCUGCGCUCUGAGAUCGGGGAGAAGCAGGACACUGAGCCCCAGGAGAAGGAGAACCACAGCGAGCAUAAGGGAGAUGGGCAGAGCCUGCCCUCCAGUGAGGGCAAGAUGGGUACCGCCAAUGGGGUGGCGCUGGAGGGGAAGGGCCCGUUGAAGCGCUCCACGGAGGAGGCGCGCAGGAGGAGGGCGCAGGAGGGGAGAUGGAGCGGCAGCGAGAGUGGGGAAAAGUCCGGAAGGCCGCUGGUGCGGCAGGGCAGCUUCACCAUCGAGCGUCCGAGCGGGAGCGUCAAGGCCGAGCUGAUCCCGAUCAUCAGCCGGGGCGACGGGUCGAAGGGGCGCGAGCGCAGCGACUCCACGGGCUCCAUGGACACGGCCACGCUGCUGAAGGACACGGAGGCCGUCAUGGCCUUCCUGGAGGCCAAGCUCCGAGACGACGCCCGGCAGGAGAAGCAGCCGUCCGGCGCCACCGUCUCCGCCGCCUCCUCCUCCUCUGUCUCCAAGAGCCACCACCGGCAGCGCGCGGGCUCCAUCUCGCCGGAGUCGGACGUGGACACGGCGAGCACGGUGAGCCAGGCAGCGGGCGAGGGCGAGCGGAAGCCCGCGCCGGUGAAGAGACGCUCGCUCAGCAGCCUGCACCGCGAAAAGAGCAACGCCAGCGCCUCCUCGGUGGCCACCACACGAGCCACCGCCGCUUCCGCCCGCGACCGCCUGGAGCGCAAGGCCAAGACCCGCACCCCCUCCCAGGCCCUCUCCAGCACCACCCGCCAUGGACGCCAGCCCUCGUUGGACCUCACCGACGACGACCUGACCUCCUCGCACCCUCUCUCCACCAUGUCUGACGUGCUCUCCUCCGACCAGGACACGUCCUCCAUCCGCUCCUACGGACGGGGCGGCCAUUUUGCCUCCACCGACGACCUCAUGUUCUCCAGAACCUCCUCCUCUGCCAAGAUCUCCAGGUCCAAUAAGGCCUUCCAGGGAAGCACCGGGAGCCUGGCAGGGAAGCAGAGCCAGCAGGUCCAGCAGCAGCAGCAGGCUCUCCCCCUGCCUCGGCCUACCCGGGCCUCCCUGCUCCGGAGGGCCAGGCUGGGGGACACGUCCGACACGGACCUGGCCGACAUGGACCGCGUGUCGGUGGCCUCGGAGGUGUCCACCACCAGCUCCACGUCCAGGCCGCCAUCUGGCAGGAAGGCGCCGUCGAGGAUCGACAUGCUGGCACAGCCGAGACGCACGCGCCUGGGCUCCAUGUCCGCGCGCAGCGACUCGGAAGCUACGGUCGGCGUGCGGAACACGGCAACGCGGCUCUCCGCCGAGACGGCGCUCAGGCUGGGGUUGCGGCAGCCGAUGCCAGGAGAUGGCAAGCUGACGGCAAAGUCCAGAGCAAGCAGCAUCUCGAAGCUGAACGAUGUCAAGGCUAAAGUCACACCGCCAACACACGGCUCCCCCUCAGAGAGUCCAGAGCCUGAUCCAGAAGCCUUCCUAACUGCAGAGGAAAUGAUGGUGAGCAGCAGGUGGCGGCGCCUGACCCCGGAGUACGCCUCCACCUCGGAGGACGAGUUCGGCUCCAACCGGAACCUCUCCAAACACGGGCGCCCGCUGCGGACGCCCCCCACCCUGCGUGGGUCCAGAAUGGGGGGGUCGGGAUCGGCCCCUGCCACACCUGGAGCAGGGAGUGGGGUGCUGAAACAUCGCAUGAGGGAGCACGACGAGUACAUCCGCGACUGGACAGCACACAGCGAGGAGAUUGCCAGGCUAUUUCCCUGUGUGCGCAGGAUCAGCCAAGACCUGGCCAAGGACCUGGCCGUCCUGGCGCGGGAGAUCCACGACGUGGCCGGCGAGAUCGACUCGGUCAGCUCCUCGGGCACCGCGCCCAGCACCACCCUCAGCACGGCCGCCACCACGCCCGGCUCCGCCAUCGACACUCGCGAGGAGGUGAGGGGACAACUGGUGGACCGCGUCUUUGACGAGAGCCUAAACUUCCGGAAGAUUCCCCCAAUGGUGCAGCCCAAAGCCCCUGAGAUCAACGGCCGACCGGUGGAGCUGAGACCACGUGCCCCUGACAGCCUCGACUCCGCAGCCCUCCGACGCCGGACGUGGAACCGUGACGAGGCCGUGCUGGACAGUCUCCUCCUGACGUCUGUCUCCCAACUCUCAGCCAAGAUACGCCACUCUGUGGACAAGACCGCGUCCAAGAUCAGGAUACUGUUCAAGGACAAAGACAGAAAUUGGGACGACAUUGAGAGCAAACUACGGGCCGAGAGCGACAUUCCACUCCUCAAAACAUCCAACAAGGAAAUUUCAUCCAUCCUCUUAGAACUGAAGCGGGUGGAGAAACAGCUUCAAGUGAUUAACGUGAUGGUGGAUCCUGACGGCACCCUGGAUGCCUUAACCAGCCUGGGCCUCACCAGCCCGGUGCUGUUCAAACCCAGAACCAGCCCAAGCUCCCAGACUCCUCCAGCACCGCUGCCCGGCCCCGGAGCCACCAAGGCCCCCGCCGGAGCCACCUCCCCUGGGGACUGCCAGAGGGACCUGGGCCUUAGCUUUACCCGGACCCUUCCGAGUGGGAAGGAGGCCGCCGCGGUCGCCAGCAAGUGAAAAAGAACAUACAAACACACACAACACACACACACACACACCGUCCAUUGAAGAUCCAACAGCACACACAGAGAGAUAUUACCUAACUACACGCACACACACACCAACACACACACCUGUGUGAGUGGACUAUUAUAAACAUCUCUGUGUGACUGACAGUUGUUAGUGCAUAUAUAUGUGUAUACCCCAUACCCAACUCUCUCCCCUUACACCCCUUUAGCAGUUUGUGAUUGUUGACUUUGCUUUGAAGAGGAAUGUUGUCCUUCGAAAACACCAAGGGGAUCCUUCAAAGACAUUCGUGUUUUUACAUGGCAAUGGACCUUACUCUCAGCCACACACAAAGACAUAAGGACAAGCAACUGUGUGUGUGUGUGUGUGACAGAAAUGUGGGAGCAAUCCAGGAGAGCCAUCAGAAACAACAAAACUAAACAGCACCAUCACAACAGCAGUUUUCAUUGGAUUGUAGCAGUGGCGGUCAGCCUUUGUCCUGGCCCGCCCCCCCCCCCCUGCACCUAAAACCUUCCAUCCAUUCCUGUAAAAAGUGCAUCUGAUUGGAGUCAGAUUGGUUGGCUGAAUCCUGUGUGUUGGACUAAUCAGGAGAGCCGCUGUGUUAACUCAUAUAUGUGGAGCAGGGAAGGAUGGAAACUAUGAUGAGGCGCAGUGGGGGGGGGUCAGCGCAGGACUGAGAAACCCUGGAUUAUAGAUUUACACACAACCACAUGGGUACAGGGUAAUGUAUGAAACCACUACGAUGUCAAACCAAACUUCAUAUUGUGUCAGAAUCCAUUGUAGCUUGCCGUUUGGAAUUUGUGCCAGUGCCAGUCAUGAGAAGUCUCUGAAUACUCCGCUGUCCUGUUGGACCGCUAGAUAGCUAGCAGUCAUGCAUCUCUGAAUACUCCGCUGUCCUGUUGGACUGCUAGGAAGCUAGCAUACCACAUUCUAAACCAUUUGCUUUCAUUUCUAAGAAAUUGGAAAUGAAUGCAGUUGAAUCAGAACACUUUAGCUAGAGGUCCACAUGGUUUUUGUGAGUGUUCAGAAACACAUGCUUGGUGUUGGCAGAUCAACAACUCAUUAUCGCUAUUAUCGAGUUAUGCACCAAUGCCUGUCGUAGUCCGUAACAAGGACUGUUUAUUGGCUUGAGUUAUGUGCACUUAACUUCAGAACCGUACAAUUUAAAGCACUACAUUCAGCUGGGGAAUCCUACUUCAACACGCAAGUCCUUCAAGUAAGAUCAUGAUCUGUAGAUUUCACAUCUCAGAUGAAAUAUUUCUCGGAUUUAUUUCAUUACUUUUCUCUGUUAAUAACAAUAGACAUAUGGAGGUCCAGACACUAUAGACCUCAAGAUUCUCAUGAACUCUUUUUCUGAAGCAAUACAGUGUGCGCUUUAAAGAUGUUUAUGCAGAAACCAUUAAGAGAUGGAUUUGUCUCAUGCUGUCUCAACUGAUCACUCAACUAUCUGCCUGUCUGUGAAGUUCCUUUAAUGUUCCCAGUGUUCCCCAGAUAACCAAAGUUCACUCAAUAUGCAGCCUCCAGUAAUUGUACAUGAAACGUGAUUUAAAAUUUUCUGAUUUUAUAAAAGACGUUCUCACAAUUAUACAGCAAGUGCUUCAGAAUUGUUUUGAUCUGAUUUGUCUUUUAGCAUUUUCAGGCUCAAUCUUAUAACUGUUCUUCAAGGGGAAAAAAAGAACACAACUUUGGUCUCUUGACACAGUAUACAUUUUGUACUGUUUUGAACUAUUUUGGAUGUGUAGGACACAGUAGAUGUUGCUUGUGAGUACUGGCCAAUUCUGAAUGAGAGCACGGUAGCAUUUCUUAUGACCUGCCUUACUUUUGUUUAAAACUUUAGAAAAUGAAACAGACCCUGUUGUCAUUAUAGUCUCUUGUAAGAUCUAGAACAGAAUGUGCUGUUUGUUGUUUGUUUUGGCUAUAGGCAUAGUGAAACCAUUUGUCAUGUGUGAAACAUUUGUCAUCUGUCAUUGAAACUAUACUGACUAUACUGUUAAUUUAGGGUAGCACUUAAGUUGCCUGAUUCCGCUUUGAAAUCUGCACUGUUCAGCAGCCAAAUUGUUGCCAAAUUGUGGCUAUGAGGAAUGUAGCCUUAAAGCUGCUGUAAGUGAAACUGAUAUUUCUUGCAACUUCCACCAGAGUUGGCCCUCACAGGAGACCACCCAACAAAGUAAUUGGCAGACAGGGAUGCCCAAGUUUUCUCGUGGGUUAAUAUAGACCCAUCAUGGUCAAAUUAUUCCUAGACACAUCUUUUGUCAGAGCAAAUGUUUACGUGAUGAUUGUCUGAAUGUAAGACAGCUAGCUUUUCUUAAAAAGUCACUUAGAGCAGCUUUACACUAGCCUAAGAGGUCACAUACUACGAAUUCUGGACAUAACUGUAAUAUCAGUAUGUAUGGUUUGCGAUGUCGUUACUCAAUAACUGCCGAUCCAUGUCAUUUUAGAUUAACCACUCUGUUUUUUGUACAUAAUAUAACAGACAUGUGCAGAAAACAGCACUCACCCCACCCUAAAGACAGAGACUAUACUCUCUAUGCCUCUAUGACAUAACCUCUGCUUUGCCAUUCUGCUUUGCCAUAGGUUAACGAUGCUCCUCUAAUGCCGCGCGCGGUGUACUGUAUAUAUGUGUGUCUCAAGCUCCCCAUGAUGUGUUUUUUUAAUUGCUGCUUUUCUGUACCUGGCAUGUGUAUUGGGGCGCUCUCCCAAGCUCGCCGUGUAAAGGUGUGUAUCAGCCAGCAGCUGCGAGUGAGGACUAGUAGAAAUGUCAACACCUGAGCUCUUACGUACCUGAGUGUAUGAUGCCACCAAGUGCCCAGGAUUAAAAUAAAGAGCCUUUUUCUGUUGUUGUUUUUUUUUGUUUGUUUUGUAGUGUUCCCUCUUUUUUGAAAAAUGGAAAAAAAGGUUAUGGGAACUGGACGUAACAGACUAGAUAAGUAUAAUUUUGCACAUCCCAUGCUAAUGUUUGUGCACAACAAAAAUCUAGUAUGUCAAAUAUAAUGUCCCUUGGGCAUAUGUACAUGUAUAAAGUAAGUGAACGUUUUGACUCUUCAUUAUUCUUCCCCCUUAUGGAGAAAGAAAGCCAUUUUGAAAUUUGUUUAGUGAAAAGCAGCUAGGGGGUACGUUAUGGUGAAGGUCUCGGUACACCUUUUAAUUACUUUUACAUUUUUGUUUUUGUAACUGACGUACACAAAAAUUACACAUUUAUCAGUGUUUUACUUUAAAUGGUAUUUUAUUUAUUUUUUGUGAUAUUUUUUUCUGUUAUCAUAUAAUUAAAGUUCAUGUACCUUUUGUUAUUUUGUUAACUGCAUCUUUUACUUCUUCUCAAUAAAAUUGAAACAUUUCAGUA